UGUUUGUAAACAAACAGUAGCAACCGAUUUUCACGACUAUUUAUUCGAUAUAUGUUGAACUCAAUACAUGUAUACCUAGUAAUUGUUAAAUAUGUGCCACAGACAUGUAAAAGUUUAAUUAUUUCUAAAAUUCUGCUUGACUUUGGGGCUGUGUAAAUUCUGGUAAUGAUGUUUAUAGUCAAAUUCUUGCAUACAGUUUCUGUGGAUGAAUAUUAGAUGGACCAUUAAAGCAACAUAAUGGGAAACGACUCCUCAAAAACUGGUCCAUCACAACCACCAGAAGUUUUAAAUGCCUUGAGGAAAAACACCCCGUUUACGAGCCUUGAGGCGGACCAGAUCAUACGGCGGUACAGCGCAAUGGAUUCAUCAAGUCAGGGUAAAGAUGGUAUUACAACAGAACAAUGUAUAAUGAUGCCGGAGUUCACAGGAUGCGUGUUCGCUCCAGAUGUCAUACAGUAUUACAGGGAUUCGACAACUAAAAAAAUCCACCCAAAACAGUUCAUGAAAAUUUGUACUAUGCUAUGCAGACGGACGCCGGCGUUAAAAAAGAAAGAGUUUCUGUUCGACUUGUAUGACGUAGACAAACAGAAGGUGCUCACGCAUGACGCCAUGUUUCGUAUGUAUCGUCUGCUAUUUCAUAGUGCUAUAUCAGACGACCAUAUAUUAGCUCUAGUCUCCAGCGCACUCAGGCAUCCGAACCUGUCAAAAGAUGGAGAGGUCACAAGAGAUGAAUUUACUGAUAUGAUACCAGAUGUCGAGAUACAGGAAAGGUUAUCCGUAGAUUUUGCAUUUGAUCCGUCAUUCCAGCCUGACGAACCGGAAGAGGAAGAUGACGAAGACGAAGACGAGGCUGACGAUAACGAAUAGUUAAUAGAACAGUUACCUGAUACUGACGAUACUCAGUUGUGUGACAUUGUCAUUUAUCACUUUCUUGGAUAUGUAUAUGAAAAUGUUCUUUCCAACUUUUGUUGUAUUUCAUAAAAAAUAAAAUAUGCAAAUCAC